UAAAACGAGCGAAAAGGAAAAAUGGCAAACAAGUGAAUAAAUUUUCGCAUUAUUUCAGUUAUAAUUAUUCGUGCGUUUAAUUAAGCGAGUUAUUGAUUUAAUAUUUCAUUCAAACUACAAAUUCUACAUAAAGUGACAGUGUGUUGAAAACACUCUUUUCGCUGAUUCGUACUCGAAUGCAUCAUUUGCGAUAGAACUCCAGCAUCACCGGUAUCUUCAUUCCAGCCGUGUUUGUAUUGUCUGCAAUCAACCAAGUACUCAAAUUCUAGUACCAAAGCUCCGUUUAUAGUUUAGCCUUAGGCUUUCUCCCGUUCUUGCCCACGAUGGACGGUGAUAAUCGAACUAUAAGUAACGAAGAAGAAGUAUACGCUAUGAGUAGCGGUGGAAACAUCAUAUACAACGAGAUCAUAACACCGGGUCGUCCAGUUAUGCCUAUAAACAACUCUGUAUUCAGAACAGAAUGGCAAAACUUCCCCGAAUUCCAAUCGUGGCUGAGACCCAUACCCGACGAUAAAACUAAAGCAUGGUGUCAAGCUUGCGAGAAAAUGUUCAAAGCUGAUUUGAAAUCGUUGCGAGUUCAUGGCGUCGGUAGAUCGCAUCUUAAAAUGGUGAAAAUGAAGUUCCCCGAAGCUUCGGAAACGUUGCCUGCUCCAGCCGCUGUCUAUAAUGUAAUUACGGACCGGAAAGGAACUUACGGAUUGGGGAUUUUGAGUAAAACUGAUAGUAAUCCUACGGCUGGAAGUACGCUGUAUGUAAAUCCGACGAAUCCGAAUACGAAUGUGUUGACUUGCGAUCCGAAACAAGAUAAAGAUAAUUUCGUCAUCGUUUCGAUGCCUAAAAGUGACAUAGAAGAGUUGGAAAGUCAACAAGAACAAAUACCAGUUCAGUUCCACGCCCAGAUACAGAAGAAAUCGUCUCAAGAAGUCAACGAUAAUAAUAAAAUUCAUAUUGUAGAUAAAAAUAACUCUAAUAAGGAUUCUAAAUCGUGCGACUCGUUUCCUGAAGAUUUAAUCGAAACCGAAGAUUUGGAAGACGACGACGAAGAAGAAGAUGAGGAAGACGAAGAUGACGACGAUAGUAUGUACGAAUUCGAAUCAAAAAUGGCCAAAGCGAAAUGCUCCUUGGAUCGAAAACGAAUUGGAGUCAGGAGGAACGUGUAUCAUCAUUCUUAUUCGUCACUUACGCCCGAAAUGGCCAUGGUUACCAAACCGGCGCCAUUUUGGAGAGCUAAAGCUAUAGUCAACGGUCACGUUUCUGAAUUAAAAUUAAGCGAUUAUCUUGGACGUUAUUUAGUAUUAUUCUUCUACCCUCAAGAUUUCUCAAAAUUAUGUCCGAAUGAAAUCUUAGAACUCAGCGACAGGAUAUCAGAAUUCAGAAACAUCAAUACUGAAGUAGUCGCAUGCUCUGUUGAUUCUUAUCUGACCCAUCAAGUGUGGUGCAAAAUGAGCAGAGCCGAUGGAGGUGUAGCUUAUCCCAAAAUUCCAUUACUUUCUGAUUACACUCACGAUAUAUCAAAAAGUUACGGUUGCUACUUACCCCAAGCUGGUCAUACUGUAAGAGCACAUUAUAUCAUAGAUACCAAAGGCAUCUUGAGACAUUUAAUGAUGAAUGAUAUCCAAGUUGCCAGAGAUGUGAACGAAAUAUUGAAACUUGUUCAAGCUUUUCAACGAGCAGAUGAGGAGGAUAAAAAUUCCUCCCACGAAAUAAUUGACAUAACGUAAUUUUUGGACAAGAUUUAUGACCGAACGAAUAUAUCGACAAUAGUGAUGCGGUUUUGUGUUGUAUAAGAUAUUUAUUUUUCAUAGCUUUGAUUCUAAUUUAUUUGUUUUUCAAGUUUAACUAAACGAAUGUCACGAUUUGGAAUUUUUUCAAUGUUUAUGAAUUCGUUAGUACAGAAAAUAUACUCGUGAAAAUGAAAUAAUUCCGUUAUGCGCUGUGAUAUAAAGCCAGGUUUGCAAGCAAGACGCAAAUAGAGUGUAAUUCUAAUGAUAGCACCUUAAUUUUUUCAAUUGCAUUUUUUCUGUAAUAAACAUAUUUUCUGUA